CAACUCUAUGCAAACAUUUAUUGAGCGGAAUCUCUCAAAACAAGCACAGGACCCUAUGAUGUUCUCCACCACUAGACUUUCAGAAUCCAAAGCUAAAAAGUUCUCAAUUUCACCAGUGAAUUAAUAGUUAAAAGUUGCAGCAAUGGAAAGCACCGAGUCAUCGACAGUCUUGCAGCGGCCGAGUCUCCCACCGGGUUUCAGGUUCCACCCCACCGAUGAAGAACUAUUCGUACACUACCUGAAGAAAAAGGCUAGCUUGGCUGCUCUGCCGGAUGCAAUAAUCGCAGAAGUUGAUUUGUAUAAGUUUGAUCCAUGGGAAUUACCAGCUAAGGCUACGUUUGGUGAGCAAGAAUGGUACUUCUUUAGUCCUAGGGACAGGAAGUAUCCGAAUGGGGAAAGGCCUAAUAGGGCGGCAACUUCGGGUUAUUGGAAGGCUACUGGAACCGAUAAGCCAGUUUUAAAUUCGGGAGGGACUCACAGGGUUGGUGUGAAGAAAGCACUGGUUUUUUACGAAGGGAAACCUCCUAAGGGGAUCAAAACUAAUUGGAUUAUGCAUGAAUAUAGACUUCCAGAUAAGACUAACAAGAAACCCCCUGGAUGUGACUUGAGCUACAAGAAAAACUCACUAAGGCUUGAUGGUUGGGUGCUAUGUAGAAUCUACAAGAAAAACAACCCAAAUAGACCUUUGGAUCAGGAUAAAGAUGACUCCAUGGAAGACAUGGUUGGGCCAGCGCCAACUUCAGCAUCAAUCGGUACUCUCCAAUUCCAAAUAAAGAGAACAAGUUCUGAGAAAUUGCUUGAAAAUCAUGAACAUAACUCGUUAGAUGGAAUGCUGGGGAGUGAUGGGAUGAACAACAAUGGUUCUAUGUCUCAGUUCGGGUGUUGGUCUAGCUCAAAGCAAGACCUAUCAAUGGUUAACCCUCUUAAAAAGAGUGUCCUGUCACUUUACCGGACCGAUGAGGAAACAGCCAGUCCUUCAACAAGCAAGAGAUUCCAGGGGGAUAUCAAUGAUGGAAACCUGGAAAAACCGGACACAAAUGGCACAAUUGCAUCCCUGCUUAGCCAGCUUCCUCAAGCCCCUUCAUUUCACCAACAGCAACAACAAACAAUGUCGGGGUCAAUCGAAGAUGGGAUCUUCUGGCCCUUGUAUUAACUCCCAGGCUUGAACUGGUACACUCCUAAUUGAAUUCCGGGUACCGGGUAUUCUGUAGAUUUACCAUUUGUAUGCGCAAUUAAAAGGAAAUAUUUCAGGAACUCAAAAUUUCCAACUAGCUUGGGAAGUUUCAUCAGUGUCAUAUUACAUGCUUGUUGAUUCAGCCAACAAUAUCUGAUGAAUCAUUUAUUGAGAUAAAAAAAUUGACAUUUUGGUUAUAGGGAAAGAGAUGAACCAAAAUUUCAACUCCUGAGGCCAUAGAUAUAGGUUA